AUGACCACCACCAGCAACCUUAACUUCCGCCUGGCAAAAGUAGACGAUGUCGACAAGAUUGUGACUCUUAUCAAUGAGGCCUUUCGCGACGACAACACCACGCAGGUGUUUCUAGACGCCGAUCACGCCCGCGUCGACGUUGCCGACACGGCAACAAUGAAGGCUGGGAUUGCCCAGCCUGACCGCAAAGUCUUUGUCGCGACAGAUUCAACCGGCGACAUUGUCGGCCACUGUUCCGUGCGCCAACUCCCGGACAAUGUCGGAUGGCUCGGCUUGCUGGCCGUGAAUGUUCAUUCCAAGAACCGUGGUCUGGGCAGUCAGGUACUCAAACACGCUGAGAACUACGCUCGCCGUGAGCUUGGCGAUAAGAGGAUGGAGUUCGAUGUCGUGUGCACGCGCGCUGAGCUAAUUGCGUGGUACACGAAUCGUGGGUAUACGCCUACAGGAAAGACGACGCCAUUUCCGUAUGAUCACCAUAAGGAUUGGCAGGGGGUUUUGAGGGACGACUUAUACUUUGUCACCUUCGGAAAGGAUCUUACCGCUGAAGCGUAA